GUAGAAAGUAAUGACAGGAAUUGGAUGAAGUAAUUGAUCACUAAAGAACUACGGUGCUGGUGAGAUGUGUAAGAAAUUAUAAAGAGCUCUGAUGGGCUAUUUGGGUAAUACCCAGUGCAGUGAACUGCAGGAUUCUUGUCCCUGAGUCAUGGAAGACAGAAGAGCUGAGAAGUCAUGUGAACAAGCAUGUGAGUCGCUGAAGAGGCAGGACUAUGAGAUGGCCCUCCAGCACUGCACAGAGGCCCUCCUUUCUCUCGGCCAGUACUCCGUGGCUGACUUUACGGGGCCCUGUCCGCUGGAGAUAGAGAGCAUCAAGAUCGAGAGUCUUCUUUAUAGAAUUGCCUCCUUUUUGCAGCUGAAAAACUAUGGGCGAGCUGAUGAAGAUUGUAGGCAUGUGCUGGGAGGAGGACUGGCCGAGGGGGACAGCGCCUUCCAGGCGGUGCUCUGCUGCAUGCAGCUGGAAGGGAAGCUGCAGCCUGUGACCCGCAUUCUCGCCAAGUCGCUGACGGGAGAGUCCCUGAAUGGGAUGGUAACAAAAGAUUUGACAAGGCUAAAAACACUUCUCACAGAAACAGAGACAGCAACUAGUAACGUCCUCUCUGGAUAUCAUGUGGAAGACUUAGAGGAGGGAUCUUGUAAUGGUUGGCAUUUCCGCCCACCACCUAGGGGAAUCACAAGCAGCGAGGAAUAUACUUUGUGUAAAAGAUUUUUAGAGCGAGGAAUCUGUAGGUAUGGCGCGCAGUGCACUUCAGCACAUUCCCAGGAAGAGCUAGCAGAAUGGCAGAAAAGAUACGCUUCACGGUUGAUAAAAUUGAAACAGCAAAAUGAGAAUAAACAGCUCUCAGGCAGUUACAUGGAAACCUUGAUAGAAAAGUGGAUGAAUUCAUUAUCUCCUGAGAAAGUGCUCAGUGAGUGUGUGGAAGGAGUGAAGGUGGAGCAUGACCCCGGUCUGUCCGUCACCGUCAACACCAAAAAGUCCCACCAGACCUGGACCUUCGCUCUCACCUGUAAGCCUGCAAGAAUGCUGUGUCGUGUAGCAUUGCUUUAUGAUGCUCAUCGUCCUCAUUUUAGUAUCAUUGCAAUAUCUGCCGGAGAUAGUACUACCCAGGUAUCACAAGAAGUCCCAGAAAACUGUCAAGAAUGGAUAGGAGGGAAGAUGGCCCCAAAUGGAUUAGAUCAUUACGUGUAUAAAGUCGGGAUAGCAUUUAACACAGAAAUAUUUGGAACUUUUCGCCAAACCAUAGUUUUCGACUUUGGAUUGGAACCAGUACUCAUGCAAAGAGUAAUGAUUGAUGCAGCUUCUACAGAAGAUCUUGAGUACCUGAUGCAUGCCAAACAACAGCUAGUAACUACAGCUAAACGUUGGGAUUCUUCUUCUAAGACUGUUGUAGACUUUGAACCUAAUGAAACUACUGAUUUGGAGAAGAGCCUUCUUAUCAGAUACCAAAUUCCUCUCUCUGCUGACCAGCUGUUUACCCAGUCUGUUUUAGACAAAUCAUUGACCAAGACCAACUAUCAGUCACGGUUGCAUGACCUUCUUUAUAUUGAGGAGAUAGCCCAGUAUAAGGAAGUCAGCAAGUUCAAUCUUAAAGUGCAGUUGCAGAUUCUAGCAAGCUUCAUGCUCACUGGAGUUUCUGGAGGUGCAAAGUAUGCUCAGAAUGGACAACUUUUUGGUCGCUUUAAGCUUACUGAAACACUUUCUGAAGAUACUUUGGCUGGACGGCUGGUGAUGACCAAAGUCAAUGCUGUUUAUUUAUUACCAGUCCCUAAAGAGAAGUUAGUACAGACCCAGGGAACCAAAGAGAAGGUUUAUGAAGCUACUAUUGAAGAAAAAACAAAAGAAUAUAUAUUUUUAAGGAUAUCCAGGGAAUGCUGUGAAGAACUUAAUCUUCGGCCUGAUUACGACACACAGGUUGAACUCCAGUUCCAAUUGAAUCGAUUGCCCCUCUGUGAAAUGCAUUAUGCGCUAGACAGGGUCAAGGACAAUGGGGUUUUGUUUCCAGACAUCGCUAUGGCUCCAGCCAUACCUUGGAGUCCCAACAGGCAAUGGGACGAACAGUUGGAUCCUCGGCUAAAUGCAAAACAGAAAGAGGCUGUUCUGGCCAUUACAACCCCACUUUCAAUACAGCUGCCUCCUGUCCUCAUCAUCGGCCCGUAUGGGACAGGCAAAACAUUCACUCUAGCUCAGGCCGUCAAGCACAUCCUCCAGCAACAGGAGACCAGCAGGAUUCUCAUUUGCACCCAUUCUAAUAGUGCUGCUGAUCUCUACAUAAAGGAUUAUUUACAUCCAUAUGUAGAAGCAGGCAAUCCCCAGGCAAGACCUCUCAGGGUAUAUUUCAGAAACCGCUGGGUGAAGACUGUCCACCCAGUUGUGCACCAGUACUGUUUGAUCUCAAGCGCACAUUCCACCUUUCAGAUGCCACAGAAGGAAGAUAUUCUGAAGCACCGAGUGGUAGUGGUCACAUUGAACACUUCCCAGUACCUCUGUCAGCUGGACCUCGACCCUGGGUUUUUUACUCACAUCCUGUUGGACGAGGCUGCUCAGGCCAUGGAGUGUGAAACCAUCAUGCCUCUGGCACUAGCAACUCGACACACGCGGGUUGUCCUGGCUGGCGACCACAUGCAGCUCAGUCCUUUUGUUUACAGCGAGUUUGCCAGGGAGAGGAACCUUCACGUGUCGUUACUUGAUCGGCUCUAUGAGCACUACCCUGCCGAGUUUCCCUGUAGGAUCCUGCUGUGUGAGAACUACCGCUCCCACGAAGCUAUCAUCAAUUACACCUCUGAGCUCUUCUAUGAGGGCAAGCUGAUGGCCAGUGGAAAGCAACCAGCACACAAGGAGUUCUACCCACUGACCUUCUUCACGGCACGAGGGGAAGACGUGCAGGAGAAAAACAGCACGGCUUUCUACAACAACGCGGAGGUAUUUGAGGUGGUGGAGCGUGUGGAAGAGCUGAGAAGGAAGUGGCCGGUGGCGUGGGGCAAGCUGGAUGACGGCAGCAUCGGUGUGGUGACUCCAUACGCAGACCAGGUGUUCAGGAUCCGUGCCGAGCUCCGAAAAAAGAGAUUAUCUGAUGUUAACGUAGAAAGGGUGCUCAAUGUUCAAGGAAAGCAAUUCAGAGUUUUAUUUCUUAGCACAGUACGUACAAGGCAUACUUGUAAACAUAAACAGACACCAAUUAAAAAGAAAGAGCAGCUGCUAGAAGAUUCCACAGAGGACUUGGAUUAUGGUUUUUUGUCUAACUACAAGCUUCUCAACACUGCCAUCACAAGAGCACAAUCUCUGGUUGCCGUGGUGGGGGAUCCCAUUGCUCUGUGCUCCAUUGGGAGAUGCAGGAAAUUUUGGGAGCGGUUUAUUGCCCUGUGUCAUGAAAACAAUAGCCUGCAUGGAAUCACUUUUGAACAGAUCAAAGCUCAGCUAGAGGCUUUAGAACUAAAGAAGACAUACGUGUUGAAUCCACUGGCACCUGAAUUUAUACCCCGGGCUCUAAGAGUACAGCACACAGGAAACACCAACAAACCACAGCAAUCACCCCCCAAGGGGAAGAGCCUCCAUCACACCCAGAAUGAUCAUUUCCAGAAUGAUGGAAUUGUUCAGCCCAAUCCCUCUGUGCUUAUUGGCAAUCCUAUCAGAGCAUACACUCCUCCACCUCCUCUUGGACCUCACCCAAAUUUGGGGAAAUCUCCAAGCCCUGUUCAAAGAAUCGAUCCUCACACUGGGACGAGUAUUCUUUAUGUACCUGCUGUCUAUGGAGGGAAUGUCGUUAUGUCCGUGCCUUUACCUGUGCCAUGGACAGGAUACCAGGGCAGGUUUGCGGUCGAUCCUCGGAUCAUUACACACCAGGCAGCAAUGGCCUACAACAUGAACCUCUUACAGACACAUGGACGUGGGUCUCCUAUUCCUUACGGCCUCGGGCACCACCCACCUGUCAGCGUAGGGCAGCCACAGAGUCAGCAUCAGGAGAAGGACCAACAUGAGCAAAGUCGAAACGGUAAGAGUGAUACAAAUAAUCCUGGCCCUGAAAUCAGUAAGGUUCGGACGCCGGAGAAGAAACCCGCAGAAGCCAAACAGAUUGAUUUGGAAUCAAACCCACAGAACAGAAGUCCUGAAUCACGUCCUGGCAUUGUUUAUCCCAAUCCCAAAUUUCAUCGCAAAGAUAAUCUCACCCCAAGACACAUAAACCUUCCUCUCCCGGCCCCCCACGCACAGUACGCCGUCCCCGGUCGUCAUUUUCAUCCGCUCCCACAGCUCCCGAGACCACCCUUCCCAAUUCCGCAGCAGCACGCCUUGCUGAAUCAGCAGCAGAGUACCUUGCCUGAACAGCCGAGCCCCGUGCCAGCCCAGCCCAGUCAGGUGGCCCCUCAGCUGGGCCCGCCACCGCCUCAGCUCUCCCCUGCCUACCCAGCCGGCCCCGGCAGCGCUUUUUUCAAUAACGCGGUUCCCCACCGACCACAGUCCCCGCCCGCGGAGGCUGUGGUUCCCGAGCAGCAGCCCCCCCCCGUGCUGCCGGAGGGCCACAGUCCCCUGCGGGCCCUCGCGCAGCCCGGCCCCAUCCUGCCUUCACCUCUGAACAGCUUCCCGGACGAGAGCCCCCCGGGCCUGCCGAUGGGGGAGGCUUUGGAUCGUGUGCACGGGGGCGUGGCUCUGGAGACCCUGAGGCAGCAGCACGUGCGGCUGCAGCAGUGGGGCGAGCACCACGCCUGCCUCAGUCAGGGUGGCCUCCCCUACCCGCACCACCCCCACCCGCACCCGCACCUCCAGCACCUUCCCCAGCCGCCCGUUGGACUGCAUCAGCCCCCAGCGAGAGCGGACUGGAAGCUCCCCAGCAGUGCCGAAGAUGAAGCGGAAACAACUGACUCACGGUUUCAAGACUUACUCAGAGAACUGUCUAAUCGUGAGCAAAGUGAAACACGGGAACUAGCUGAAAUGCCACCACCUCAAUCAAGACUUUUGCAAUAUAGACAAAUUCAGACUAGGAGCCCACCAGCAGCCCCCUCGCCCCCGUCCAGCGCAGACCCCAGCACCCACUUUCCAAACUUCCCUGACAGCAGCAGAGACCUGGAAGUGGCCAACAGCCCGUCGUUCCCGCAGCGCCUGCCGCCCCCAGUGUUUAGCUCUCCUUUCUCGUUGCCGUCAGAGCACCUCACCCCUCCUCUGAAAUACCUGGCACCUGAUGGAGCUUGGACUUUUGCUAACUUACAGCAGAAUCACCUGAUGGGGCCGGGUUUCCCCUACGGCCUACCUCCAUUGCCUCAUAGGCCCCCGCAGAACCCUUUUGUGCACAUGCAGACCCACCAGCCCGCUGUUGGCCAGGAGCCGCUCCAGCCGCUGUCCUCUCGGACAGUGUCGUCCUCUUCGCUCCCCAGCUUAGAAGAGUAUGAACCCAGAGGACCGGGUCGGCCCUUGUACCAAAGAAGAAUCUCAUCUAGCUCAGUGCAGCCUUGUUCUGAAGAAGCAAGCACUCCUCAAGACAGUCUUGCUCAGCGUAAAGAGCUUCAGGACCAUGAUAACCAGUCUCCUUUCGCCUUUUCCUCCCCGGAGUCCUGGGUGAACGCCACCUCAUCCAGCCCCUACCAGAACAUUCCAUGCAGUGGAUCCAGCAGGCCAGCCCAGCCCAGAGAGUCGGCAGCUCCACCCAAGACCGUCAAAGCCCCCGUGGAGCAUCUGAAGCCUGAGAGCCUUGAGGGGCCCGGUUCCUUCGAUUACAGCGUGCUGCAGCAUCUCGGCCAGUUCCCCCCGCUCCUGCCCGCCAAGCAGAUCGCCGAGUCGGCCAGCAGCAGCAGCCCGCAGAGCUCCGGGGGCGGCAAGCCUGCCAUGUCCUACGCCAGCGCGCUGCGGGCCCCUCCAAAGCCCAGGCCUCCGCCCGAGCAGGCCAAGAAGAGCAGCGACCCUCUGUCUCUGUUUCAAGAACUCAGCCUGGGGAGCUCAGCCGGCAGCAAUGGCUUUUACUCCUAUUUUAAGUAAUCCCUUUUUUCCUCCAGGGAGAAUGUUCUAAUUUCUGUAUCAGUAGAGCUAAGGUAGCCAGCCUUCACCUGUAGCUGCACAGUUUCCUUUGUUUUCACGUUAAAUAUGUUCUCACUUAAUUGCUUUGCUGCUAGACUUGCAACUAAUUUUUUUAAAGUAUAUUCCAUUAUUUGCAUUUUUGACGUGAGUCAGAAUUUUGACAGCUUUUAUGUGGAAUAAAAAAAUAUUUUUAAAUUUGUGUAUUAUAUACGUUUGCAUCAAGCUAGCAGCUAAGAAGUUAAUUGUGCAACUAUUAAAAAAAAAGAAAAAAAAGUUUGUCUAAAAUGUAUUUAAAGAGAAAAAAAAUUGUAAGUAGCAUUUACAUUUAUUCAAUAAUAUUACCAUAUGCUGGGUUUCUGUACCAGAAAUGGCCAGUUGAUGUACAGAUGUAUGUUAUUUUUGCUUAAAUUCAUUGAAAAUUUUUUAAAAUAAAGGGGCAGCAUCUUCUGAAUACUUUUAAGUUUCAUCAGCUUUUUUUGGUGGCAAGGUGCUGCCCUUGAAAACUUUUAUAGGUUUAGACUGGAUGACGCGCUGUCGUCCUCUCCAUCCACCGCAGGACAGAGGCAAAGGCAUUCUUUGCAGGUGUAUGUCCUACGCCACAACAUGGGCAUACAUAGUUAUUUUUUGGACAAGCUACUCUUCAAGCUUGUUUUUAAUGUUAAUUUGAUAGUGUGGUUUUUUUUAAACAAAUCAUGAAGCUGAAAAAUUUUUAGGAUUGUUGGUGCUUAGUAGACUUGAUAACUAUUUUAAAAAUGCGUGAAUUUAGUAGAAUCUUUUUUUCCCCACUCUGCAUGUGUGGAUGUCUGUAAUCUGGCCCCCCCCGACCCCCAGUGGUAUAAAGAACUGUGCCGCUCUAAGGUGUCUUUUCCCUCUGGUAAAAAUUUUGGUACCUUAUUUGAUGUUUACAUUAAAAUGUGACAUUAUACAUGGCAAAUUCAAAUAUUUUGCUAACUG